CAUCCACCGCAAGCUCGCUGCCGCAAGUGCGACUCAAGACAGGGCAAGCGCGCAGCAGUGUCUACGUCCGGCACGCGCCAUGGAGCAAGUGGGCGAAAGCAGCCGCAGCGGCGCUGCCAGCGCAGGCACGGGCGCCGCGUCGGUGCGUGCCAGUCAGAGUGACGACGCCUCGCGGCUGGCGCGUCUGCGGGCCUGGGCCGCCGCACGCCACAUCUGGGUGCAUGAGGGCGCCGACAUCCGCGUCGUCGGCGGCACUGCGGCAUUGGGCUCAGCAGCGAGUCAAGGAGAUCACGCGCAAGAAGAGAAGGCGGCAGAGGAGGCCACGGCAGCGGACGGCGCCGGCUUUGGUGUCUUUGCGAGCGCACGAGAAGGCACAGAGGGCACUGCCAUCGGGCUGCGACAGGUCGUCGUGCUGACGCCUAAGCGUGCCAUUCUCUCGGCCCGCACCUCGUCGAUUGCGCCGCAUCUGCCCGCCAACAUUCUCUUCACGUCCAACUCGACCGCCGGCUUGCUUCUGGCGCUGGUGCUGCUGCACGAGUACCUGCUCGGCACUGCAGGUCCGUGGUGGGACUACCUACAGAGCCUGCCGCACGCCCUCGCCUUUCCCGCGGCGCCGCCCCAUGCCGGGCCCGAGGCGCCACCGCAGCUCAGGCAGAUGCCCGGCGUGCCCGGCUCGUGGGGCGUGCCCAUCCCGCUGCUGUGGUCGGCACACAGCGAUGAGUGGCGCUGGAUCGCCGGCGCCGAGAGUGCUCGCAUGGUGCAGCGCGCCAAUGCCGACCCGCGCGGCAAGAUCGAGGGCAACGGCAUGAGUCUCCAACGCAUCCACGACUACUUUGCGCACACGGCCUUACCCGUGCUGCGCAAGAGCCAAGCGCAGCUCUUCGCAGGCGCUGCGCCGGGCGUGGCGAAGCAGCUGCGCGCCGAGUUCGAGCGCGCGUACAGCAUCGUCAGCAGCCGUGCCUUUGUUGUCGACAUGUAUCACGGACUGGCACUCGUGCCCAUUGCAGACAUGUUCAAUCACGUCGAAGGCAACAACAUGCAGUUCGAGGCCGACGAUGUCGUGUGCGACGAGUGCGGUGCGCUGGGUGCGUGCCCGCACAGCAACGAUCCGCUGCCGUCGGAGGCAUAUGGGCGGCCGUCGUCCUACCUGCCUGCCACGCACGGGCCCAACUCAGCCUCGUGGCAGCCGCCGCCGGAGCUGCGCGGCGUCGACACGGCCGACAUGGUCGCGCGCGUGCCCAUUGCGCCCGGCGACGAGCUGUUCAACAGCUACGGGUACCUCAGCAACGCCACGCUGCUCACGACGUACGGCUUUGCGCUGGCCGAGGAGACGGAGUGGGAGCGCUUUGCGUGGGAGUGGCGGAUAGGCGACGAGCGCCGCGAGCUGGCAGAUGCACUGGCGCUCGGAGAGGGACGGCCGGAUGAAGAGACCAUCAUCGAACGACGUCGCAGCAGCGGUAGCGCAAGCAUGCUGAAUGAGAGCGGCAAGCGUCGCGGCAGCAUCUCCGUAGCGCCUGCCACUCCGUCCAAGCGGUCCCGAGGCGAUGCGACGGCGCUGUUGCGGCGGCGUCGCUGGCUGCAUCUAUGCGCUAGCUACGCCGGCCUCCCGCUGUCGACCUUUGACGAGCUGCUCAUCGACCCGCCACGCGGCGGAGCGCGCGGCCACCAGUUUGACGCAGAGGAGGCCGGCGACGUCGAGCUCCUCACGCUCCCGUAUCCCAGUCCGCUUGGCGCCCUCACGCGGCGUGCCCUCGCGCCCGAUGCUGAUGCCGACGACGACUCGAGUGACGCUGACUCUUCAGCCGGCGAAGCCUCUCCUCGUGCAGCGCGCCAGCAGCAGCAAAAUGACACGCUCAGCGCACUUGUGGCGCCGCUGUCGAAGCACGAAGGCUCUUCGGACGCGCGCAGCCCGCUGUUCAUCGACGGCGAAGGUCGCGUGUCCUUGCCGCUGUGGCGUGUGGCGCUUCUCGGCGCCCUUGCAGAGGCUGCACUGGAGACGUCCGUCGACCUUGACCCGACCGAGGCUCAAGAAGAGACAGCAAGGCGAGCCGUAUGGCGUGCCGAGGCGGCGCUCGAGGCGCCAGACGCGCAGCUGGACGACGUGCGUUGCGUGGACAAAGCGCUGGGCGCAUUGCACGAGCUCGUCGAGGGCCGACGGCAAGGGAUGCGCAUCGCGCGCGAUAGCGAGGAGGAGGCAGCAUUGCGCAUCAUCGAGACGGAGCCCAUGUCGCCGCUGCGCAGCGCCGCCACGCAAGCCUUCCAGGAGCUCGCAGCGCUGCGUGCUUGUCUCUCCCGCCUGUCCGAGGCGCGGCGCGGCACCCAGCGCUGGCUCGCGCAGAUCGCGCCUGAUGUGCAAGGGGAGAUGAAAUGA